AUGAUGGAGUCCAAAGACACCGAGGACAUCGGUGGCCUUGGUGGCCUGUACACCGAUCUAUGUGCCAUCAAGCAGCGUCCCUCUGUCAAUCUCGAACGACUCUGCUUCGAAUUAGAGGCGCAUCUUCCAGAUUUCCGAAAGCUCCUCGACAAAACACCGAAGAACAAUGCCAGUCGUCAGACUGUCCUCACAGGGAAGAUCAGCUCUGAAGGCGACGAAUACGAAAUCAACUCGGACUUCCAACAAGGCGCCCUCCAACUCGCCGACGCUUUGAACAUCGAUGAAAUUGAAGCGGCAUUCAAAUUUUUAAAAGCUCAACAUGAUGGAUACUUGAUGGGCCGGUCCCCUCUGAUCGCUGCCCUAAUGAUAUUUCACGAACACCGCUCAAAUACCCUGAACUGCCUGCGUCUCAUUUUCAAACUAUCACUCGACUAUGAAAUUCCAACUCUCCAGCCUGUCAUGCAAACAACUCUGACACACAUACUUGGGGAUAUCAAUAACCCUUUACGGCAUGCAUCGGAAUUUGUUCGAAAAGCUUUGAAAUCCAUGAUUGACAUUGAGGAAUGGAUAAGUCUUCUCGGACAGCAGCUUCAAAAGGCCACCACACUUGAUCAGGAACUUGAUCGAGAUAUUAUGGAAGCUAUUGAAUACCAGCAAUCAUGCUUGAAUGAACAGCAUGAGUCUCUGGGAGCGAUCGUUUGCUACAUGUUCAAGGGAUCUUUCACGAGCAGCGAGGAUGUACGUUUCCUUGUUCAGCAAAUAAAGAAGGAAGAUCGCUUUGACGGGCUCCUGAUCCACUACAUUCCCGCCAUAAUAGCGGCUUUUUUCCAAUAUGGUUCUCCAGAUGGCCCAGGGGCCGUUGAGAGAGAAGCGCGAGAGCUAAACCAGUUCAUCACUGCAACCAAUGAUCCCCAAGGCUGGAAACUGCCACACUUCCACGCGGCUGUCACUGCUCUGUGGCUUUCAGUCUACAGCGGAUGGUACUUUGACGGUGCCCUGCCCUCAAGCGUCGAUCUCAAUAUCGAUGUGGAGAAGGAAUCAAAAGAGCGAACAAAGAUGUUCAGGUCUUCUCUUGAUGAUGGAGCGCUUGACUUCAUGUUGUCCAUCUGUGCGGCUGUCAACAAUAAAGAGUGGGCCGAUCCCGCUCGAAGUGAAUUUUUGGCCUUGCUGCUCAAGGAGAGUGUUGUCUCAUUGCCGCAAUCUGCUGCUUGCUCUGACUUCAUGAAGGAACUUUUGAUGGAAAACUUUGAGGUAUUUAUUGAAUCUUGUGUCGCAAACAUGCCCGACGCCGUCCGGCAUUUGAAGUCGGAAGAGGACUCUCAAAGACUGGACCAAAUCACUGCCCUCAGAGACGGUCUCACUUCUAGUCUUCAUCGAGGCUUAGUAGAGGUGCGAACUUACCUCGAGUCAUUCCUCAUGAUCAUCUCAUUUGCCUUCGAGUGCCGCGCCGAAGCAGCUCAAGAAUUCUGGGCUGACCCUGAAAGUAACCUCUAUGGCUUCCUUCAAUGGUCUUCUAAGCGACAGACUGUUCCUCGUGUUAGUGCUUUCUGUGAAAUGCUUUGCUCAAUUUCCGAAGGCCCCGAAAAUGCAGCUGCGGCACACCAAUUCCUUACGGAGGAAGACAAGUUCAUGUCUUCCAAAUUUAAGAGAUCCACCACUAUGAAUUGGUCUCAAAUGUUUGCUGAACUUCAACUUUAUGCGUCUCGAGUUACAGAGAAACCGAACUCAACUCCCUCGCAAGGCUACCUCGGAAUGUUCUUUUCACGGAAACCGGAGCCGGUGGAAAUGAACGAGCCUGAAAGCCCCGUUAUGCUCACAUGCUACUUACGGCUCAUGGGGCAUCUAUGCAGUCAGAGUGAGCUUGUUCGAGAUUGGAUGCUACAGAACCAGUCCUUCAAUGUAGUCAGUACAUUGUUGACUCUGUCCAGCGGUCCCAUUCCGUCACAUCUCCGAGCAACUGCCUUUACGACACUUGCAGCUCUGAUGACUAACAAGUCUUCUGCUGCUGGACAUCAAAUGUGGAUGGCAAUUGAUGAAUGGUUGUCCGGUGGGUCUAUGAGUGCAUCCGGCAAUGUUAAAGUGCCGCUGGUUUCCAACCUUCCUGUAUGGCAUCAGCAACAGGCCUUCAAAAAGAUUGGAGAGAGUUUUGACCAAACAAACGCGUUUGUUACUCUUAUCAAUGCACUCUUUGCUCCUCCCUCUGACCAGGUCGAUGAUGGCAUGUCGCUACCUUUCCCAGGAAAUCUAGGAGGAUCUUAUCGGAUGCCUGGGGUUGGUCCCUACAUCGACUUUAUCCUAGGCCAUGCCUUUUCAAGGAAAAUUCAGGAUCUCAACGACCACCAGUCCCGUCUUUUGACCUACAACUGCCUCGGCUUUGUGGUUACAAGCUUGAAGUCAUUUAAGGAAAAUCUGGUCUUGGCUUUGAGCGAGCCAUCUGGGACUGAUCACACGGUGGUUGCUUCGUUGAUAUCCUCGUAUGUUAUUGCCCAUCCCUUUGCUCGCGUGGUUGAGUGGCUGUUCAAUGAGGAUGUUCUCAAGUCAUUGUUUGCGGCCUCUCGACAAGACACGGCAGAGGUUUGUGUGGCAUUACCUGAUUCUGUCAUUGUCCUGACUUUGCUCCGGAGCCUGGAGGUAAUGGUCCUUCUUCUAGAUCUUCAAUCGACAUACUUAAAUGUCGUCAAACCGAUCGUCACCUCCCAGGUUGCGCCUCACAGAACAAAUGUGGCAAAUUCUUCACUUGCCUCAUUUGAAGACAGUGUACUGAGCAAUCUUUCCCUCAUACCAUUGCUCUGUCUCUAUUGUAGUGCAGGACAUCUCGAUCUUGCGAUCGAGUCCAUGAAUUUGCUGGAAAGGCUUACCAGCUCUCGCAAACUCAACAAAAUGUCAUCCUUGGAAUCCGCUCAAUGGCGGUCCUCGAACAAGAUUGUUGAGGUGCUUGCAUCCGAACUUGAUGUGGAUAGUGUAUCGAAACCUUUGGUGCUCCAUAUGACUCCUGACAUCAGAGAAUUCGAUUAUGGCCCCGAGGCACCCAGCUACGUCAUUCGAGAACACAUUCUUACCCUUCUGAGGCGAUGUCUAGGAACAAUCACAGAUCGUCCUACGGUAGCUCAUCUUCUCCUUGGCUUCAAGUGUGUGGGACCGAACCUUGAAACCUCUAGCGAAGGAAUAUUUGCGGAAAAGAGUUCUCUUCUGCAUGCAAUUGUGGAAUUUUUGAAAGAAUAUCCCGAGCAUCUUGAUGGUCCCAUCGUGUCGUGGGUUGUGAUUCUUAAACGCCUGGCUUUUGAAGUGAUGAAGCAUUUAUGGUCAUCAAAGCUGGCAGGCUUCGAAACAUUGAGUGAAAUGCGAUCUAUGAAUCUACUUCAGGUUAUGUUUGCUAAACAGCCCAUUAUUGAUGCGCAUACAAUCUGGAGUGGCUUCACUGCCGACAUGGAUGAAUUUUGGCUUGCGGACGGUGCUGUCUCUAUGACAGAAUUCCUGCAAUACCGCAGCUUUUUGUUCGAAUAUGCAGCCGCAGAAAUUCGUGCGACGGCUAAGAUGGGAUCACAGACUCUACAUUCCCAAACAAUGGCGGUCUUGCUUGGAAACACUGUUUUGGAGAACGGUCAGCCCAUUCAAAGUCGAUCUGUGUUUGAUCUAUUCGACUUCGCGGAUCUCGGCGUUUUGCGGAAUUUCGAGAAGCCUAUGCUGUCUUUGCUUGACGACAUAUCUGUUCAAGUGAAGUAUAACCCCAAGGACGGUAGGACGGAAGAAUACAACCUGGAUGAGUUCCAAGCACUGGUCCGAAUGCGAGACGCAGAUUUGUCCGCCGCUGAGCAACAACGAUUCAGAGGGGAAGCAUGCAUUCUCGAGCAAUUCAUCAAUGCGACGAAUCAUCGUCAUCGGAUCCGAAAAUGUCAUUAUGCAGCUUUCAAGUCUUGGACAGAGCUCAUUUCUACUAUGAUUGCUUGUGCCGACGAUGACGGAGUCUCCCCAGCUUUCAUUCAGCACUGUCUCCAGUUGAUACUUCCUCAGCUUGAGGCUGCCACUGAUGACGAUCUUCCUUGGGCUCUAGAACUGGCAAAAUUGGCAGAAACUUUGAUUUCUGGCAGUGGAGAUGCCAUCAAUGAGAAACUCUACCAUCUUUUCCAAAUCUGCAUCCAAGGCAUCAAUCUGGCACCAGGGGAUGUCCUUUUAAGAGAGACAUACUACAUGAUCUGUUCUCACUACGUCACACGCAUCACAACAUCUGAUACCAAUAAAAGCCUGCGACGUGAGAGCCAACAAGCCAUUACAAAAUGCUGCCCCACCCUUGUUGAGACAAUCUGCGAUGAUGCCUUGAAUGGCCAGGACUCGUGCCGUUCGUCUGCUCUCUUGCUCUUAAACGGCUUGGCCGUUCUAGAUAGCCAGACUGAUUGUGUUUUGGCAAAGCACAUCUCAGAGGCGAACUGUCUAAGUCUCUUCUUAGACUCUUUGAGAUCUCUUCCCAUUGAGCUCCGCCAAGCCCAGGAAACUGAUACUCCUGCACUCAUAGCUUACUACGAAUCACUACUUUCGCUACUACAGCGGCUUGCUCAGACCAAGAAAGGAGCCACAUAUGUCCUUGAUGCGGGACUCUUCCAAACGGUUCGUGAUUCGCAGCUUUUCGCAGCUGAUCCAGACAUUGGCAUUGAUAUCGAUAAUCCCGAUGCCCUUCAAAAGUAUUACGACCUUCUUUUGUCCUUGAUGCGCGUCAUUGUGUCUGCUGUCUGUUCUCGUGGAAUACAAAACCACCAAAUCAUACAACAGGCUCAUAGAUUCCUGGCUGAGAACCGAGCUUGCAUGGUGGGCAUUUUCAAACGGUCUGCCAAAAUUGGCAUCACUUCCAAUGAACAUCAACACACUUUACGGGAUCUGAACAAAACUUUCAUGGCUUUGGUUUCUGGCACUGGCUUCACUGAGGCUGAGGAGCAAGAAAUUCAACAGACUACACGUCCUGCUAUGUUCUCGUGA